GGAGGCACACAGGCGCUGCAGGAGCAAGUGAUCGGGUACAGGACUGGGGACAGGCUCGACCGCCUCUGGGUGGCCAGACCCAUCGUCGCCCUCAGGAUGCCAAACUCUCCGCCCCUGCGGCUGCUGCUGCUCCUCUGGCUGUGGGGACUGCCGCUCCGGAGGGCGGAGACAGGCUCUGAGGGGCAGACGUCGGGGGAGCUGUACCAGCGCUGGGAACGGUACCGCAGGGAGUGCCAGGAGACCUUGGAGGCCGCGGAGCCGCCCCCAGGCCUCGCCUGUAAUGGGUCCUUCGAUAUGUACGUUUGCUGGGACUAUGCUGCACCCAACGUCACUGCGCGUGCGUCCUGUCCCUGGUACCUGCCCUGGCACCGCCACGUGGCCACAGGCUUUGUUCUCCGACAGUGUGGUAGUGAUGGCCAGUGGGGACCUUGGAGAGACCACACCCAGUGUGAGGAUCCAGAGAAGAAUGGCUCCUUUCAGGACCAGAGGCUGAUCUUGGAGCGGCUGCAGGUGGUGUACACCAUCGGCUACUCCUUAUCCCUUGCCACUCUGCUGCUUGCCCUGCUCAUCUUGAGUUUCUUCAGGCGGCUGCGCUGCACCCGUAACUACAUCCACAUCAACCUGUUCACAUCCUUCAUGCUUCGAGCUGCAGCCAUCCUCACCCGAGAUCGGCUGCUACCUCCACCUGGCCCCUACCCUGGGGACCGUGGCCCCACACUGUGGAAUCAGGCCUUAGCCGCCUGCCGCACCGCCCAGACGUUGACCCAGUACUGCGUGGGUGCCAACUACACGUGGUUGCUGGUGGAGGGCGUCUACCUGCACCGGCUCCUAGUGCUGGUGGGAGGCUCUGAGGAGGGCCACUUCUGCUGCUACCUGCUCCUCGGCUGGGGGGCCCCCGCGCUUUUCGUCAUUCCCUGGGUGAUCGUCAGGUACCUGUACGAGAACACGCAGUGCUGGGAGCGGAACGAGGUCAAGGCUAUUUGGUGGAUCAUACGCACCCCUAUCCUCAUAACCAUCUUGAUUAAUUUCCUCAUCUUUAUCCGCAUUCUUGGCAUUCUUGUGUCCAAGCUGAGGACGCACCAGAUGCGCUGCCCAGACUACCGCCUGAGGCUGGCUCGCUCCACGCUGACGCUGGUGCCGCUGCUGGGUGUCCACGAAGUGGUGUUUGCUCCCGUGACGGAGGAACAGGCCCGCGGCGCUCUCCGCUUUGCCAAGCUCGGCUUUGAGAUCUUCCUAAGCUCCUUCCAGGGUUUCCUGGUCAGCGUCCUCUACUGCUUCGUCAACAAGGAGGUGCAGUCGGAGAUCCGCCGCGGCUGGCACCACUGCCGCCUGCGCCGCAGCCUCGGCAAGGAGCAGCGGCCCAAGCUCCCGGAGCCCCCUUCCGGGGCCCUGCCCUCGGGCUCUGGCCGGGGCGAAAUCCGCGUCGGCCGUGCCUUGUCCUUGGGGGCGCUGCCAGGGCCUAGGGAUGAGGGCAGCCGGGUUUUGGAAAGUUACUGCUAAGUAUGGGAAUCCUGUGUCUGUGGUGAGCACGUAUUUAUUGAGUGCCUACUGUGU